AUGGGCUGGAAAGAAAUAGAAGCAAAGAAACUCGAAGGCAAACGUGUUCUGGUCGUAGGCGCCGGUGGGAUAGGAUGUGAAUUGCUGAAAAAUCUUGCACUUACUGGCUAUCAAGAUAUUCAUGUCAUUGACAUGGAUACCAUAGAUGUUAGUAAUCUGAAUCGUCAAUUUCUAUUCCGCCGUGAACAUGUCGGCCGAUCGAAGGCUGAAGUCGCUUCGGAGGCUAUUCGUCAGAUGCGCCCUGACAUCAAAAUAACAUACGAUCUCGACAGCAUUUUAAGUUCGAAAUUUAACUUGCCAUUCUACCAACAGUUCUCCUUGGUCCUAAAUGCACUCGAUAACAGAGCGGCUAGAAAUCAUGUGAAUAGGAUGUGUUUGGCUGCCAAAAUCCCUCUCAUUGAAAGUGGUUCUGCAGGAUACCUAGGACAGGUGAGACCUAUUUUGCGUGAUCGUACUGAGUGCUAUGAAUGCCUGCCAAAACCUGCACAAGACAAGACCUUCCCCGGAUGUACGAUCCGCAACACACCAAGCGAGCAUAUCCAUUGCACAGUGUGGUCAAAACACGCAUUCAAUCAGCUAUUCGGCGAGCUUGACAUUGAUGACGAUAUAUCGCCUGAUAUAACCGAUAAAGAUGCAACAACCGGAGACAACAGUUCUGAAGGCGAAUCUGGGGCUCCUGAAGAGCAUACCAAAGGUAGUGACGGUAUGAAUGGCGUAGAUUUGUCCAACGGUAGCAACGGCAAUUCUAUGGAUCCCUCGAGCGCACCAAUGCCAAUCAGUACUCGUGCUUGGGCGGAAAAUGUGAAUUACGAUCCUGAAAAAAUCUUUGAUAAGCUGUUUUAUGACGAUAUCAAUUACCUUCUUCUCAUGCGAAAUCUCUGGCGUGAACGUCGUCCUCCUACUCCGCUUCGAAGAGCUGAAGCCACCGCAGCGAGUGCAUCGUCAUCAGCCAGUGGCACCGCAGACGAUGCCAAUAAGAUCUGGUCUUUAGCGGAAUGCGCAGACGUGUUCUGCGAAUGUGUAGCAACUCUUAGUAGGCGUAAGAGCGCCAGCGAAGAGAAAAUCCUACAUUGGGAUAAAGACGAUGAUGUUGCAAUGCGCUUUGUGGCUGCUUGCGCGAACAUCCGCGCGACCAUUUUUGGAAUCCCUUGCAAAUCUCUAUUCGAAGUCAAAUCUAUGGCUGGAAACAUUAUACCUGCCAUCGCCACGACAAAUGCAAUCGUUGCUGGAAUGAUGGUUGUGGAAGCGGGAAAAAUCCUCUCUGGAGAAUUCGAUAAGUUGAGAGUCGUAUUUAUAAGUCUCAAGCCAAAUCCGAGAGGAAAGAUACUUGUCGACCAAGUUCCUUUCGAGCCGAAUCCGAAUUGCUUUGUUUGUUCGGAAAAGCGCGAGUGUCAUGUGCGCCUUAAUCCGUCUCAGAUGACCGUCAAAGCUCUUCAGGAUAAAGUCUUGAAAGGGGCACUGAAUAUGGUUGCGCCAGAUGUGAUGGAGGCAACCACGUCUCGCAUCAUCUUAAGUAGUGAAGAGGGCGAAACUACUCAUCUCGAGCCUAAAACUCUAGAGGAACUCUCUAUUGGGAACGGUGCCAUGCUUACGUGUGACGAUUUCCUGCAGAGACUUGAGCUCAGGGUGAUUAUUACUGAGAGCAAAACAAUGAAAGCAGAUGAAUUCGAGGUAUGCCAGGAUGUGCUAGAUAGCGGAGAAGUGAAACCCGAUGUGGACGAAUCGCGAAAGAGAAAAAGCACAGCACCUCCGGAUGAGUUGGAUGAACAGAAUGCGGCUAAGCGUCCGAAGAUUUGA